ACCCAACAGGUUUCCGUAUAACGUCAUCCCAUCUCUGUUGGCGGCGCUAGUAGCGGCGUCGGCAAGGAUACGACGAGCCUUACCCUGCCCUCGGGCCUGCCUUUGGUGAACAACACAACACAACUUUCCUGCCCAUCUUGGCUCAAAAUUCAUGUCCAGAGGUUCUCUCCUAGUUAACUACGGCCGAAGGAUACGGAGAGCUAAUAUCCCAAUUGACUACCCAAUCAUUGACAUGAUAUGGCAAUUCGCUUCUCCCUCUGCUGAAUUUGACGCAAACGAAGGAUCUAUCUGUGCCCUCUCCGUUGUUCGCCAAGAUGAUGGGGGCGUUUUUGUGCAACAAAACGGGAAAGGGCCGCUCGAUAGCACUUGCCUCCAUCGGCUCAGCCCCAUGCACCUUUGGCGCACGCCCUUCGGUGCAUCUCACGCAAUCGCAAUCCGUGUUUCUCUCUUCCCCCCCGCUCCCCUGUCACUGCAGUCCACACAUUGCUGUUCAAUUGGCCCAGAUGUUAUCCAACAGCCGCGAACGCUAAAGCUGCCAGGUACCAUGAACGCCGUGGCUAGCAUCCCUGUCAUGGAAGAAAUGUUCUCGACCGCUGCGCCGCGUGUCGUUUCCCUAUUUUAUCAUUCCCGGGGGCUCCGCCGUGCAAGAUCGAGACAUCGACGAGGACAAGCAUACCACAACACUUACAACAGCACACCAUUCCGAGGCGCCCGCGUCAGCUACCCAGCCAUAAGAGUUGUCUCCUUCCCAACUUGGCCAGCGGCAUUAGCAUCUAGAUUUGCACCGCACUCGUGCCUCGUCCCAUUGGUGUCCGCCUCGUCCCACGCGGUAGUUACCUAUAUUUACCCGGAACCCCCAUAUUGGCCAACCCAUACUAGAACCGGAACUGUACCGACUGCAAGAGGGUCCCCAACUGAUGUGGUUGGCUGCGUGUUGCAUAUAUUCGCAGUGCAAUUGUGCAUAGAGAGAGGAUCCUAUAAUACGGGUUACCUCUAGUGUGCACUUGGGAAGAUUCGGUUACAACAUCUGCCUGUCAACGACGUCAGCUCUCUGUCGACCAUCUAUAACGAGUCCAGCUA